AAUGUGGUGGAGCUCGUGGUGGUGAUGCGAUGGAGAGCUUGAGAUGGUGGCUCGCGGAGCGCCCGGAAGUGUCGUCUUUCCGAUGGAAGCAAGGGCAGACAUUUGCGGCUUCUUACUCCGUCUUGAUCGGUUGGGCCGUGGGGUAUUUGGCGCUGAUUUACGUUCUUCGAGUGGUCGUGAAGAGUAGAAAAACUCCUGUGCCGUUGGGGCCAAUUCCGAUCUUGCACAACAUUGUGCUCUCCGUGGGCUCGCUGGUCAUGUUUUGCGGUUGUUUACAAGCAUCCGCUUUGCAGAUUGAAAGCAGCAAGUGGAUUUGGGGGUUCAAGUCUCCGUGGAAAUUGGUUCUGUGUUUUCCCCGUGGAACGAUUUCCGCCGGUCCGGUGUUUUUUUGGUCGUACAUUUACUACCUCAGCAAGUUCUAUGAGCUCAUCGAUACCGUCGUUCUUGUUUUGAGGAAGAGACCGCUGACCUUCCUGCACGUUUUUCACCAUGUUACGGUGAUCUUUAUGUCGUUCUUUUGGCUCGAGUACGCCAUGUCUCUCCAAAUUGUAGCGCUUCUUACCAAUACUGGCGUCCACGUUGUAAUGUACACAUAUUAUCUCCUCUGUAGUAUAGGCAAGCCACCCGCUUGGAAGAAACUUGUCACGAAUCUGCAGAUUCUGCAAUUUGUUUUUAGCUUCGUGGCUUCGAUGGGUACGUUGUGGUAUCAUUUUACAGGGGCAGGCUGCUCGGGAAUGGGUGCUUGGGUUUUUAACGCAGUCUUCAAUGCACUGCUGCUUGCCUUGUUUCUCAACUUUCACAAUCGCCAGUAUAAAAAGGGAGUAAGAUCAGAAGGCAAGAGACGUGGGAUAGACUGAGAAAGCAUUGUCAGCAGACGGCUCAGCCAGCCAUGUGAAGUUUCUCCCCCAUGUUAAGGAUCACACAUCAUCAUUGACGGUAGGAGUAAGAAGUUCAAAUUUUGGUGCCAUGAAUUAUGGGUAACUUUGUUGCCCUUGAGUUCUUCUCAUCCCUCCAAAGCUCUUCUUGUGAGGUACCUUAGAGUCCAAUGUAUAUCUGGACUGUCUGUGAUUUCUCACUUGAAUGUAUACUAAACAAAGCAGCUGUAAGUUACGGAUUCCAUUCUCGGGAUCUAAGCUGCUGCUCUCCACUUUCAGGGUUUUCUUGUGGAAGGAUGUACGCAAUGUGCUCUUCCUUCAUCGGAACCUUGUCCCUGUCUCCAGAUGACCAUCUUCACUCUUCCGAAGUGUGCUAUUUUUUCUCUUGCUCAUUAUCAUAAUCGAGCUAUUGUUUCAGAUGAAAUAUGGACAUUGUUUUGUGCAUGAUGCACAGUCAGUCAAAGUAGGGGAGAGAGCAUAGAUAGGACUCUGCUAGCCACUCUCUAGGAUAUUCUAGAGAAAUCUGUAAGUGGAUGCAGGUUCCCUGACUCAUUGAAAACCCGUCUGAACUCUUCCCUGUUACCAUGUGUGGAACUUCAGAGUUUGUGUUACACUAAUUAUGAUUCAGUUCUGGACUGAUUGUCAAAUUUUCUUUUAGUCACAAAGACCGUUUCAAUCAGGUUGAGAUGAAUCAAAAUCUCUUGGGUUAUUUAUUUU